AAAUUGAUUAAUAUAAUAAGUAUUAAAAAAGCACAAUGAACAAUUUUCCGAAUAAAAUAGCAACGCUUUGUAUUGAAAAAUACAAUGCAUUGAAAAAAAAUGGAAAACCAACUGAUAACGAGUGGACAAUAUUAUCUGGAAUUAUUUUAAAAACAGAAUGUGAAUCUUUAUCUGUAGUAUCGCUUGCUACAGGUACAAAGUGUAUAGGAGGAUUAGAAUUAAUUAAAACUCCUCCACACGAAAGAGGUUCGAAACUGAGUGAUUCUCAUGCAGAAAUACUUGCAAGACGUGCUUUCUUACGUUAUUUGUAUGAUCAAAUAGAUAUUGUAUUAAGUGGAUUUAAAAGUAAUAUUUUAUUUCUAAACGAAGAAAAUAAAUUAGAAAUGUAUCCUAGCAUAUCAUUCCAUUUUUUCUCCAGUCAAAGUCCUUGUGGAGAUUGUUCUAUAUUUCCUAAGAAUGACAUAGAUGAGGAAGAAUGUCCCGCAAAAAUUAGAAAAACGAUGCAUAAUGAUCAAGAAAAAACGACAUUAGAGUUAUCUGUCAUUGAAACCAAUACAGACAUACACAGAACAGGUGCAAAGUGUUUAAAAACUGAACGAUAUCAAGAUCUUAAAUUACCAGGAGCUGACUAUCAUAUAACUGGUCCAUUACGAACAAAGCCUGGUAGAGGAGAUCCCACAUUGAGUUUAUCAUGUUCAGAUAAAAUGGCAAAGUGGAAUGUUAUUGGGAUACAGGGUUCGCUGUUAUCAUUAUUCAUUUCACAAAUAAAAUUGGAAAGCAUUACUAUCGGUAAUGGAUGUCCUUUUUCGCUAGAAGCUAUGGAACGAGGCUUGUGUAAAAGAUUCAGCAAUAAAUUACACGUACCACAAAUUUUUCAAGCAGACAUUGCUUUUGCUCAUAGAAAAGCAGGAAAAAGAAUAAAUCCAUGCUCAUCAAGUAUUAUAUGGUGUGCUGUUAGAAAAAGCGAAUUGGAAAUUGCUGUACAAGGCAGAAAGCAAGGAAUAACUAAAAAAAAGAAAGGCCAUAACUUACUUGUUAGUCGACGUGAACUUUUAAAAAUAUGUCUACAAAUUUGUGAUAAAUAUCAAAAUAUUAAAACAAAUAUAUUUCAUCCAAAGAAAAUUACGUAUUACGAUUGCAAGCAGUGGGCUUUUCAAUAUCAAAAUACUUGGAACCAAUUAAAGAAGGAAGUUUUCAUUUCUUGGCCAGGUAAACCAUUAUAUUUGCAAGAUUUUAUAUUAUAAUGACAAUUAAAGUAUAAUGUUUGAACAUAUAUGCAGGUGAGGAAAAUAUUAUGUACAAUU